AUGUUUCCAAUUCACUUUUCUUCUCAUUUUCUUUGGCGAUUUUUCUUUGUUGUUAGUGUGGUUUUGGAGGGGAUUGGUCAUGGGUUGGCCGAUGGGUGGUUCGACGCUCAUGCCACUUUUUAUGGGGCCAAUCAAAGCCCCUCCACCCUUGGAGGAGCUUGCGGAUAUGAUAACACAGUCCAUGCUGGGUUUGGAGUCAACACAGCAGCAGUGAGUGGCGCGUUGUUUAGACAAGGCGAGGCCUGCGGCGCCUGCUACCUGGUCAUGUGCAACUACUGGCUCGACCCCAAGUGGUGUCUCCGCCGCGCCACUGUCACUAUCACCGCCACCAACUUCUGCCCUUCCAACAACAACGGCGGCUGGUGUGAUCCUCCUCGUCAGCAUUUCGACAUGUCCAUGCCCGCCUUCCUUCGCAUGGCUAGACAGGGCAACGAAGGCAUAGUUCCAGUACUCUACAAAAGGAUAUCAUGUAAAAGGAGGGGCGGAGUCCAUUUCACAUUGAAGGGACAAUCGAACUUCAACAUGGUGAUGAUCUCGAACGUGGGCGGUAGCGGAGACGUGAGGGCGGCGUGGAUAAGAGGGUCGAGGACGGGGACAUGGGUGGCCAUGCACAGAAACUGGGGUGCAAACUGGCAGAGCAGCGUGGAUCUUAGGAGCCAAAACCUUUCCUUCAAGCUCACUUUGGUCGAUGGAAAGACACUGGAAUUCUAUAACGUCGUGCCUUCAACAUGGAGCUUUGGACAGACUUUUGCUUCAGAGAAUCAGUUCACUUAGCAGAAUUUGCAGACCCUAUCAUGGCGAUGAGGAUGAAGCAUUUUGAUUUUGUUUAAUUGGUUCAGAGACGUAUUAUUUGAUGACUCUGCAACUAUUUUUUAUUUUAUUUUAUAUGCUCUGAUCAUUUUGUUUCUAACAUUAAUGUUGUGAUUGUUUUUUAAUA